AUGGGGAAGGAGGAAGAAGAGGAGAGCCAGCCACGAGGAGACCCGGCGAAAGUGCGAGAAUACAUGGCGAAACUGGGACGAAGCGGCCGGAAUCGUGAGUCCGGCGACGAGAUCGCGGAGCUCGAGGCGCGGCUGCGACGAGCGUACGUGGCGAAGGAGCUGCGAGCGCAGAUCCUGGAGAGGGAGGCGGAUCGUCUCGCGGAGGACGCGCGGCGGCAACGUGCGGCGGAAGUGGCGCGGUUGGAGCAGCGGGCGAUCCUCGAGGACGACGUUCGUCGGAAGUCGGCGAGCCGCGCGAUGUCUGAGGAUUACGGGCGAGAGCUGACCGUUCAGAUGAGGCUCAGGGAGGAGGAGAGGCGCGCGACGAUGGAGGAGGCUCGCCGGGACAGGCAGAUCCUGGCGGAAGUCGAUCGAAUAAGAGAGGAGCGGGAAACGUUGGAGGCGCUGCGCAGGAGGGACGAGCUUUCAGACAGCGCGAGGCGCGAGCGUUUGAUUUUUCAGGGGAUCAGGCGGAUCCGCGAGGACGAGGCGAGAGAGGCCGAGGUGGAGUUGGCACGAAAGGGCGAGGCGUAUUCGAGGGAAGUGGACGAGAGAGGCGAGAGUGCUCGAAAGCUGCGCGAGGAACGGCUGGGGAGGAGGGAGCGGGCGGCGAGCGAAAUUGCUGAUAGAUUGAUGAGCGUGGAAGCGCGAAAGAGGGAGAUGGAGGCUCUGACGGACGAGUUGAUAGCCGAAGAUGUGAGGUGCGAGCUGCUGCUCGAGAAGGAGCUAAGGGACGUCGAAAGGAGGAGGAUGAGAGAGGAAUUGGCGGCUAAUUUGAAAGAACAAAUCACCUUCGCGGAAGAGUGCAAAUUACGGUUCGUCGAGCGGGAUAGAAUGUUCGCGGAGGAUGUUAUGAGGAGGAUCAUGGAGGACGAGAGAACCGCCAGGCUGACCGCCGCGGCCAGACGAAGGGCGCAGCUACGGUAUCGAGAGGACUUGGCUCGGUUGGUCGAAUGCCGGCGUAGAAUUCGAGAGGAGGAAAUCCUCCGCAUGGAGCUGGCUGACGGGGAAGAGAGGAAGCGCGAGGGAGCGAGACUCGAGCGCGUUAAGGACGACAGGAGGCGACUGUUGGAGGCACACGCGUCGAACCUUGGCCACUUUAUCGACAAAGGCGCCCUUCAUGACGAGGAGCGGAGGAUCCUUGAAAAGUUCACGAACUGA